UUGUUGUGUUUACCAUGGUGGCUAGUAGGACACUGGGCGAAAGUGGCGGGGGUGGUGCGGCCGCCGCCGCCAUGGACUACUCGGUACACGAGGCUUGGAAUGAGGCCACCAACGUGUACCUGCUGGCGGUGCUGGCCAGCCUGGCCCUCCUGGUGUACGCACGCAGAAAUAAAAGGAAGAUCAUGAGGAUUUUUGCACUACCUCCAACUGUAGAGAUACCAGCUGAACCAAAUUUUUAUGACAGUAUGAAAAAAGUUCGUCUACGACAGCAGUUAGAGAUGUAUUCAAUUGCAAGGAAAUAUGACCAGCAGCAACAACCACAGAAACAGACUGAUAGUGUACAGCUUUUGAUGGAAUGAAGACUUAAUUCUGAAAUCAAGAAACAGUGCUGAGGAUGCCAGAGCUUUUGGGAUGUAGUCACUUUCAAUGCAACUUUAAUUUGUUACAGUCAUUUUACUCUGCAGUGAUUCCAUACAGUAUUUCUUGACAAACAGGCCUUGCGUACAUCUAGGGAAUGUUCUUUGAAACCUGAAAUAUGAAUGGGGCUCAUGCAUAUUGGUUCUGUUUUUUAGUUUGUAUUACAGGGUUUUCCCCCCCCAGUAAAACCAGGAGCUUACAGUAUCAUUGAGAUGUUCAUUGUGGGUAUUGUAGUUAUCCCCAUUGCUGGUUUCAAGAAAGGUAUGAGACAUGGGACAUGGUAUGUGGGCACUAAAGUAAACUUUUUUUGGUUAAGAGGCUCAGAGAGGCAUAUCUUCUAAACAUUAGCACAUAGAAGAAAAAACAGUGAUAUGCCUAAUAGCCCAUCACACCAGUGAAAUAAGCCUGAAUACCUGCAGUUAUUUUCAAGUAUAGAUGCCACAGGACAUGGAUAUUUUUAUUUACCCAUUUAAUUCCCCCCCUCCCCUGAUGCUUUUCUGUCUAAUUUAUUCUUAAAAGUCAGAAUAUUUUUAGUUAAGGCUACUUGGGACUAUUGAACCCAGUGGAACUAAGUUGUUAAGACUGAGUAUUGGUGCCUAAGUAGCUUGUUAUUCAUAAUCCUAAGCAAAAAUAUAAUGAAAAUGUUCAGGAAAUCUCCAAUUAAUGAAGUUUACAGUAGAGCUGUUUUUCCCUGGCUUUCUAAGUGAUACCAUAAUGGGAUUUAAAAACAAGGUUUUAGAAUGCAGGACAAGAGUUUAGUGUAUACUGCUAGAACUAUUUAGAAAAGAGAUCCAUAUUAAUGGCCAGUUAUAGUUUAUUAGUUUACAGAUAUUCUAUAAACUCAUGUGGAAUUAUAAAAUGAUCACUAAGUUGUAUGUAGGUGCUUAAAUAUUUGAAGAAAUGUUAAAAACCUGUUUGAUUCAAGCAUUUUUGAAACUAAUAUUUGAUUGAUUAAGCAAGCAACCUUAUGGCUGUUAGGUGAUGUCUGAGGGACCAUGAGACCAUUUGGAUUCCAUGAUUCAGGUUUGGAAACAGUGCCCUGACCUCAGACUGGAGAAGCAAAGAAUGGGCCCCUCUGCUUUCUCCCCUUGCAGUUGGUGUGGAAAGAACUGUGCUGGGUGUCCUUUGACAUUGGCCUUGGACGGGAAGGAAAAGGAGGCAUCUUGGCAUGUGGGAGAGGAAACUGGAGAGGCCAUGAUAUGAGCUGUGCUGAAGUUUCCUUUGUUAUACCUUUGAAAUGCCUGAAACUCCCCUGCAAAAAUGCAGGAUACAAGGAUGGGAAGGUUAAAUUUGUCUUCUCUGCUCCUCCCACUCUUAGGGAAUGAAUGUAACCCUAUGAGUUCAGGGUUUUACAGUCACUGAGGGUACAACCCAUAGGACUGAGCCUUUAAUUAUAAGUUGCUUUCCUAAUAAUGUAUUAUACUUCCAACUGUAGGUUAAAGUAAAUAAAACAAUUGCAUAGAUUUCUGCCUAGUAUUAAAUAGCUAGUUCUGACAUAUCAUUUUCCUGUGUAUGACCUGUUUCUCCUGAAUUGUCCUGUGCUUAAAUGCUUGUGGAGACGUUUUUGAUUUUUCAAGUCUGUGAGGAAAGUAAGUUAAACUUUAGCAGUUUAAGGACUGAUGCUUGUAUCACAUUGGGAUAGGGGGUUUUUGUAGAUGCAAGAGUUGUCCUCCGAUCUACAUAUGUAGAUACAAUAUUAUGUGAGCUUAAAAGUACAUGCAUCUUGGCUGCCACAACUUCUGUGAUUACAUAGUAACAACAUAUUUAAGUGAUACAUAUGAAGUUCUCAUGCUGUAUGUGUCUGAAGAAUAAAAGUACAUCAAUUUUUAAUUUCUGUGAGUUUAGGACUGUAUAGUAUGGUAAUGAAUCCUCAAUAUCUUUGGACUGUUCAAUAUUGCUAUGAAUAUCUGUUCUUGGUAACUGAACUAUAGUGUGCCCCUUGUAAAAUGCUACUGCAGCUCCUGCACAUAAAAUGUUCAUAUUAUUUUUAAUAAUAGUACAAAAUACAUUUAAAUAUAAUUUAAGUUGAAUCUGUGUGACACUUAUUUUCCCAUUUCAGUGAGGAACUAAAGUAUUUGUAUAACUUUAUUUCUUUAGAAGCACACUCAACUUUAUUUUCAUUGCUGACACCCUUUGUGUCAUCUGGACCUGUUGUAUCAUCUGGACCUCGCUCUAGAAUUCCCACAUGAUACAGGUAUCAUGAUAAGGAGCAUCUUUGGGUCAAGGUGGAAUGAAGAAGCAUAAAGUGAAGAAGCUGAUUCAAGUUGUUCUACACAUGGGAUGUUUUGGGGAUCAGACUGAGGAAAAUCGGCAAAGUGGAAAUCUGUAACCCUAAUCACUAAGCAGGGACUCCAGAAUAUGAGACAUUGCAUUUAUUUACAGUGGAUCUCCAUCUUCUAUGAAAAUGGCAUUUUCAUAUGCACUCUGGAAGAUUUAAAAAAUCCUAUUUCCUCAGUGUCCUCUACACCAGGCGUUGUCAACAUUUUUGGACAUGUGGGCAAAUUUGGAAAUUUGAGAAACUGCUGUGGGCACCACCACAAUGGAUCACCAGUUUGGCAUUUACCUUUUACCUCUGUGGAUCUUGGUGCAUAUCCUGCUCAGCAAAUUCUUUUCUUCAUGUCUGUUGGACGCAACAGUCUCUCUCUAGUAAAGGAUUAUUCAGUUUAGCUAAUUGCUGAUGUUGCAGUACAACUAGUGAGACUUUUAAAUACAUGUUUUGGUAAUGUCCAGCACUUGCUACUUUUUGGGAGAAAACUAUUACACAGUAAUUUUUGUAUUUGAAUAGUCUUUAUUAAAUGAUGUACACACACUUUCACAUUUACCUACUUCAUAGAAAUUAACUAAUAGAAAGUGAAACAGAUUCUUUUGUCAGCUGAAAAAUGGACAUUACAGAAUUAGAAGCAUAAACAGUCAUCUCCUCUAAUGCAAUUGACAGAGGACUUGCCUUAUAUAUUGACAUAUGAAUGUUAGCCUAUAGGCCAGCUUCAAAUGGAUACCUAUUUGUAUAGUUGGUUUGCUUUUGUUGAAACUUACGUGUAAUUGCUAGAGAGUUAUAUGUAUUUCAUAUGUAUCAAUUUACAAAUAUUAAAAUGGAGGUAUUUCUGGGGGUGCCUGUAGUUACCUUGUCAGGUACCCUUUUGUGACUAUCAUGUUGAGGACUUCUACAUAGUUCUGAGUAUUUUUUAAAAACGUAGAAAUCUUUAAUCAGUAGAUCCUGCAAGUCUCUUUGAUAGCAAUAUGCAAGAUUCCAAUAAGUUUAAAAUUUAAAGUACCUCCUUUAUUUCAUUUUUGUACUGCCCAAUAGUGGAGGCUCUCUGGGCACUUAAGAAAAGUUAAAAAAAAACGCAACGAAAAAUUAACCAAACGACAAAAGCAUACCAAUUGUAAUUGAAUCAGCAUAGAAGCAUAGCAGUGGUACAAGAUAAAGUGUAAUAUGAAAAAUGAAGUUUAAAAGUUGAAAUUGUUAAAAUGCUGGGAAAAUAAAAAGAUCUUCAUCUGGUGCUGAGAAGAUUAGAAAGUAGGUACCAGGUGCACCUCUUUGGGGCUGCUCAUUUCACAGCUGCUGUGCCACAAUCAAAAAGACCUUCCUCUUAGUAGCCACUUGCCCCUUUGGAAGGGGCUCCUGGAGAAUGACCUCCACAGAUGACCUUAGGCUCUAUUCAGUUACAUAUGGGUUGAGGCAUUCCUUCAGAUAGCCUCGCCCCAAGCUGUUUAGGGGUUUGAACAUCAUUAUUAAUAUUUUGAAUCGAGCCUGGACUUCAACUGGCAGCUAGUGGAGUUGGAAGAGGAUUGGGAUAAUAUCUUCUCAUGAACCAGUUGUUAUUAACAGUCUUGCUGCCCUGUUUUGGAUCAGUUGAAGUUUUGGAACCAUUUUCAAAGCCAGCCCUAUGUACAGUGCAUUGCAUUAAUCCAAUGAAGAGGUUACCUGAGCAUGGAGAACUAUAGCUAGGCUCUCUCUGUCCAGGUAGAAUCAUAGUUGGUAUAGCAUCCUAAACUGCUAAAAAGGUUCUCUGGGCCAUCAAGUCCAUUUGAUGAAAUAUGAACGUGUGCACAAUAGUGCGACAGCUUAUCCAAGUCAUAAAAUCUGCAUCAAAAACUGAAUUGAUAGUCACUUAGUAACUCAUAAUUUAUGUCUUCAAAGAUGCUUUUAUCCAGUGCUCUUGGCUGCAUUUAAAAGCUAGAAAAGUAAGACUGAUAAAACUUUUCAAAAUUCUCUGAAAUGCACAGUGUUUCUUUCCUUUCCAAAUUAUUAUUUUAGGAAAACUGUGUGACUUGGAGGUAGAAAUGGUGAGUGCUCCCUACCAAAUAUUUCUUGGACUGAUACCACUUAAAAAAAGACUAAAGGGUUAUAUCUAAAACAAGUGAGCUAAGCAGCCACACUUUUUGUAGAAGAUAAUAUAAUGAAAACUUAACAUAGGUGGUUCUUCACACACACAAGCCUAUAUUUAAUCUGUAUAGCCUGAUUUCAAUCAUAUUUUUGUGAAAAUCUAUUGACAUUUUUUGGAACUUUCAAGUGUGUUCAUGAUAAUAUUGAAACUCCACUUCUAGAGGACUAGUUGUAUUGUAAAACAAAAAUUGCUUACUUGUGUAAAGCCAAGCACUUCAGGGGAUUGCUAUAUCAAUCCCAGUGUAUUAUGGUACAAUAUUCUGGAUCAAUUUAUAUCACAGGUAAUGUUGAUACUUUUAAAUUGUGCCAAGUAUUGUAGAGAUCAGAUUGGAAAAUUCAAUACCCAAAUCAAUUAAAUCAUUUUUAUCUAAGAAAAUACUGUCUACUCUCUGUUAGAUAUUUGGCUCAGAUUUUCUGUUCAAGGAAAUGUACGAAUACGUGACAAGAAAAGCCUAAUUAUGUACUAUUGUAUUUCAAUGUAUUUUAUCAUGUUGUAAGCCGCCCCGAGGUUUCGGCAAGGGGCGGCAUAGAAAUGUUAUAAUAAUAAUAAUAAUAAUAAUAAUAAUAAUAAUAAUAAUAAUUAUCUACUAUACAGUGCAAUUAAGCCUUUGUUAGUACGGUACUAACUACUAGUACAAAAGUAUUAGACCAGUUCACAUAGCAUGCUAAGUUGUGGUUUAGUAAGAUGUAUGCAAGCAGGAAGCAGCUGCCAUGAGCCAUGGGUACUAAUGCUCUAGCCUUCCUAUGUGAUUAGGAAAUGGAUUUGAAGUUGGUUUGUUUGGAAACUGAUCAGAGUAUUGCAAGCUCACAGCUGGAAUCAAAGCUGAGAUGUACAAAGUAUAAGUAGGGGGAAGCUGCUCAGGUUGUCCUAGCUGUGCAAGAGAAGAAAGGAAACUAAUGGAGUCCACAAUCCUAAGCCUCAUGAUUGCUCCUUCCUGCUUGUUCCUGUAUUAAUAAACAAUUCUUUACAUAACGUGCUACCUGGACUAUAAUAUGAAACAGUAGUGUAGCACAUUUUGCAGUAUAUUGAUAAUUUGCACACUGGAGUCCUAACUUCUGAAUUACAAUUUAUUUAUUUUUCGAUUUAUAUCCUGCCUUUUUUCCUACAAAGGGCUCAAGGCAGCUUACAUCUCCUCCUCCAUCUUAUCCCCACAACAACAACCCUGUGAGGUAGGUUGGGCUGAGAGUCUGACUGGCCCAAAGUCACCCAGUUGGCUCCAUGGUUGAGCAGGGACUAGAACCCAGAUCGUCCGAGUCCUAGUCCCAUCCUCUUAACCACUACACCACACUGGUUCCAUGGGUAUGUACUGAAAUUUGGGUAUGUACUGAAAUUUACCUUAUACCAAUAUAUUUCCCCAGAUAUUUAGACUAAAGCUCCCAGAAGCUCUGACUUUUGUUUGUGCUAAUUGAAGCACAAUUGUAGUCCAAAAAAAAUUGGUGGGCAUCAGGUUGUCUACCUUUCCUCUAGUAUAUGAGCUUUGAAUUACCCUGUAUUUUAUCUGUAAAGUAUUGCCAUUUUGACUUUAAACUUGUUCAAAAUUGUCUCCACAUCAAAGCUCUAAUUAUACUGAAGUAUAAUAGUUGUGAGUAUGAACGUGUGCUGGUUGAGGUAACUAUAUAUUUUAAAAAAUUGGUGGCUUUGCAGUAUACUCUUGGGAAAGUAUAAAGUACUAUACACAUUAUAGGUUUGACAUUUCGUUUGAUUAUACAGUUGAACCUUGGCUUUUGUGUAUUUGAUUAUUUGUGAAUUUCCCAUCAGUAAUAAAGUUGUGUUUUUUGUUUGUUUGUUUUAA